AUUGUCACUUUGAAAAAGUUCAAUUUGAUCCUCAUUGUGUUCAACAUUUCAAUUGUGAUUUAAAAACAAAUCAAUUAAAUUUGGAAAAGGUUCAUUUUAGUCUGAAAAAAUUCAAUGUGGUCUGGAAAUUAAUUUAAAAUAAUUACGAAUUCAAUUCCUCAAUCAGCAUAGUGUUGAACAGAAAAAUAUAUUUUAAAAGUAAUGCAAAAUUGGCCUCAUUGCCUGAGCAAAACUUCUUUUUACUAAAAUACAUGAAGCAUGACUGGGAGCAAAACUAGCUAAAACAGUUUCAUUUUGCCAUCUUCUGCAAUCAGUCUUCUUGUUAUUUUGACAACUGUUUCUUUUUAUAAGUUUAUUAUUUUAUAAAGUUGACUAAAUAAAACACAGACCAACCACUGAAUAUGGCAAAAUGCUGAAAUGGAACAGGCAAAACCAAGGAGAAUGCACCACAAACUGCAGGUUCAUCAUCUCUCAGACUUCAACACAAUAUUUCACAAAUGUGUAAUUAUUUUAAAAGUAUGAUAUAUGGUGUAAGUACAAUUUGAUAAGCAAGCAUAGGGCAAACCAUUCAAAGUUUCAACUUAAAAGCAAAAAUUAACACAAUAAUCAAAUCAACAGCAGUCCUGUAAUGGUGUGGCAGGUGCUUGCACUUUUUGUGCUAUCAUUAAUACCAUGGCCUGGGCCUACAAUUUUCAAAAUAUCAUGCCCUCGUGACAGUGCCACAGUUGUUAGAAGAAUUAUUCAAAAGAAAUGGACACCUGUACUAGAGAGGUAUCAGGUGAAGAUACCCGUCGAGUGUCCUUUCCAUCCUUCAAGGGAUAUUUUCUGGCCACAACAGAUGGCCAAGCAGCAGCACAGGCCUUCACAAUGGACUUGUGGCCUGUGUGGGAAGUCGUUCUAUUCAGAGGCCUACUUGGACAUCCACUUUGACAACAGGCACAAAAAUAUAGUCAACAUGGCCGAGGAUGCUGUUUGCCUGGCUGAUUAUUGUGAUAUUAUGAGAUGUGACAUAAUUAGAAAACACAUAAUGAGUGAACCGAUCCCAGGAGAAGGGAUGCACGUAAACACAGACAUUGAAAUCUGGAGGGAGGCGACUUCAUACCACACUGCCCUGUCCCCUGCUGGGCCGAGAGACCUAGCGAGGGUCACACCAUACAACGCAGCCUUCAGACAGUCAUCACCCAACGGUAACCCAACCAAUGGUGCUAGUGAGAGAAGCUGUAUGCGCUCUGAAAACCCACAGGGCGAUAGUGAUUUUAACAACAGCUCUGAUCCCUGUGAUAGCCUCGUAGACUCUGCUGUCCCUCCAAACAAACAUAGAGUGUCAGAAUUGCAGAGGCUAAAAGCCAAUUGUAAACCUGAGAUCCUACACAAACUAAAAACAAGAUGUGAAAUCCUAGUUAGAGAUUGCAUAGCAGGUCUUUUGGUAAAUCUUUCGACCCAGGAUUUCAAAGAUAUUGAGAAUGAAUUGAAUCAGGCUGUUUGUUGGUACCUUACCUGUGAUCGAUACUGGGAAGACUCUCCUGUUGAGAUGAGGCCAUUCCCAUGGGGGCUACUAUUUGUCCUUGUAAUGGCCUUAUCUCUUUUCAUCUGUCUUUGCUACUACAUAAUAUGGGUUCUUUUUGAUUCUGAUGAUACAAGCAUUGCUAGUACAAGCGUCACUGCAAGUUCAUCUCCAGCAAGACACUCUCACUACUCAGAGGAAUAUUACCCUGUGGCUGAUGACCUCAGCCAAAAUGAGCAUUAUAUUUAUGUCACUUACCCACCAGAUCUCAAAAGGCGACUUCUAGAAAGCUGCUACAACAGAACCACUAGGCUGUGACAAGGAUAUAUUACACCGUUUAUAGGUAAUUCCUAAAAAAUGUGUGCUAAAUUUUACAUCAUUUAAGGGGUCAAACAAAUACAAUUUUCAAAAUACUUAUUUACUUCUACUCUUCUUAUCAAAUACAUUAAAAGAGAAAAAAAAGUAUGCUGUUUUUCACUGUAUUAUUUGAGAUUUUUUGUUUUGUUUUUGUGUAUUGUUUGGCAAAAUCAUUUGGGAUUCAACACAGAAAAAAACGAAAAUUGAAAAGUACAGAAGCAAUUUGUAGCUGUGUUCAUGUUGAGUCAUUCUUAAUAUUUAGCUCCAUUUUUUAAAUUAGAAAGGAAUUUAGUUAAAUUAAAUUGUAAUUAGAAUGAGAAUUAAACUUAUAUAAGAGUAAAAAAAUCCAAAAGUUAUACACUGCAGUUAAAAAGUCUUACAGAAAAUACAAAUUUUUAAAAACAUUGAUACAUUUUAAAAUUAAAAUUGUCCAUGCACAACUGAAAAUGUGAAUUGUUAAAAAUAAUUUAUUUAAAUUAAAACUUUUUGAAUAAGAUAUUUGAUUUAUCUGCAAUAUGAAAAGAAACAUUAUGCAUUAGAAUAUUAUUAUUCA